AUGCUAACGGAUCCCAAAAUGAGGUCCACACUCGGUCUGAUGGGCAGCGAUGGAACUGCCAUCAAGCAGGAACUGAUCGACCCACUGGAGGCUACCGUUCACAGUAACCAUCACCACCAUCACCACCAUCCAACGUUGGAAGAGCGACUGCGUCUCGAUACAAAGAGUCUCCCUCACAACGAGCUGCCCGGGGAGCCACUGGGGAAUGGGCUCGGUGGACCGGGAAGUUGUCCACGGCCGGGUGUGCUCUUGUACCCCACCCAAACCACGCAAAACAAGCAACCCCUGCAAGGAUUCGAUCAGAUCUGGGGACCAUCGCGUUCGGAUAUGAACCAACGGCUGCACACGUCCGUCGGUGGGAUGAGCCAUUAUUGGCCACCGUAUGACAGCCAACCCGCUUGCCCCACACCGACGACACCCGGCGAUCCACCUCAAGAUGCGCCGGGUCCGGAUGGACAGAUCUACACGCUCACCGUACUGCACGAGUCGCCAGAACACGGGAUCGUUUGGUCCGAUACGAACGCCCUCGAGUCACCCGUGCCACUUGCACCCGACAUCACCGAGCCGAAUGCGGCGUACGAGUCAGCGGUCGAUUGCUUCAACUUCGACAAUGCCAACUACGAUCUGGCGGAUUAUUACACCGCCAAGCCUUCAGUACAACCGCACCAUCAGCAACAGCAGAGCGCCGUGUCGUUGAUGGGUUCCUCCUCAGCACCGUCGAUCGGUGAUCAUCUUGCCCAACCCGCCACUGCCAUCAGCCUGCACAACACGGUGGAAGGAUUACUGAACGAGAUACAGCUUUCGAGCUUUGGCGAUCGAAGUUCGAUGGGACCGGGUAGCGAUAUAACGCUCCAAUCUUCGGGCCACAGUCUCUACAACGAACCGUCGUCGUAUCUAUACGACGGUUUCUCCGUAACCGAUAGUUCCUCCACAACUCAUCACCAGCAGGCCAUGCUUCCGACGCUUCCGGAGUCAUCCACAGCGCUCACAACUCCAACCACCAGCUCGAUUACGAUUGCCGGCAAGCUGGAUACAAACAACAACAGCAGUAGCUGUCCACUCGCAGAAUUAAAUCCGCUGCCAUCGAAUCAAAUCAACAGCAACAAUGGCACGAGCUCGAGCAGUAGCUCCAGCAGUAGUUCCAGCAGUAGCAGCUCGAGCAGCGACUCUACAACGGCCGGCGGAAACGGUGGCCAGAAGCGGGGUCGUUCGUUACACUACUGCUCGAUCUGCUCGAAGGCGUUCAAGGACAAAUACUCGGUCAAUGUGCACGUGCGUGUGCACACGGGCGAAAAACCCUUCUCCUGCUAUCUCUGUGGCAAAAGCUUCCGCCAGAAGGCACACCUCGAAAAGCACUACCAGACGCACCUGCAUCAGAAGAAUCUUACGAAGCGGCCGAAACCGCUCAAGGUGAAGCAGGAGACGCAGCACCAGCAGCUGCAGUUACAACAGGCGUUGGAGCAGCAUCUUCAGCAGGAACCCGAUCCUGGAUUGCUGCUGAGCCCGGUGAAAGUGAUAGGAAAUUGCUGA